AUGGGCAAGUCGGACAAAUCCACCGAUUUGAAAGUCACGUCGGUGGCCACAGACCCAAGUCUAGUUGUGGGUGCUUUUUUCAACGGUUUGGAAAUCCCCACGGAUACCUCCUUCGAUCUUUACAAACACCCGGUUGAAGACGACUACCUUCUCCAUGGAGAAAACAGCACCUUGGAGUACAACGGACUCACGCUGGACAACCAGGACAAUAACGACUACGUGGUUGCACUUUACGACGCCAAGCUGAAGCUGGUGGAGCUUUACAAGGCUCCUCUUGUACAAACCAGAGUCACAUCGCUAGACAGCAGGGUGCACAAGGGACCCAAGAUCAAGAGCAGAGGAUCCAAGUAUGUGGACCAGAGAUUGGCGUUGGGCCAGGAGUUCGGUACCAAGAAAGCCAAGGCUGCUAUUGCGUCGUUGGCCAGAAACAGAAUCGACUUGGAGAAGUUGCAGGAUCUGGAGAUGGACAUUGUGGAUACCGUGAAAGAACUGACAGCAGACUUGCCUCUGGUGCAGCUGAUCCAGGCGGCUCCCGAAAACUCCGUGGUGCCUCCGGUCAACGCCGAUGCCACCAACGUGGAGGACAUUUACGCUUUGGACGGCAUUGUACCUCCUCUGGAGCUUUCUUCCAUCAGAGUGUCUGCCUUUUUGGAAGAGUCCGACCCCGCUGCUCGUUUGGAGCUCAUGCCUUACAAAUCCGCCUUUGUUGCCAGACACUUGGACAAGCUUGUGCUGUCGCUGAACGAAAGAAAGUUGCAAAUGUUGUACUAUGUUUCGUUGCUCAUGGGUGUGUACCAGAACAGAAGAAAGAGAGACAAGGCAUCGCUCAUGGAGGCGUUGGGCAACAAGCCCCUGGAGCUUCUAGUGGACGGUGUGUUGAAGCGUUUCACCGCUCACAGAAGAGGCGAUCUCGGCAAGGCCAAGGACCGUUCUUUCAUUUUCGACACUCACAACGAGGACAAGUUGUUCUGCUACAUGCUUGCGCUCAUGUUCCACAUCGAGGGCUUCUUCCUCGAGUUGACUCCAUUGUCCAAGGACCUCAACCUAAAACCCUCCAAGCUUGCCCUUUUGUUCAAGGCUUUGGGUGCCAGAAUCCGUCCUGCUACUGUUGGCAUGGCCGAGGCUCUUGGUAUUCCAAAGAAGGAGGCUUCCACAUACAAGAUCGCCGAAUUGAAGGUGCCCUUCACCCCGCCAGAGAUGGUCUCUCACCGCAGAAGGUGA